AUGGCAACCUCUGAGCCGCAGCCUCACUUGGUGGCACUGGGGGGAGACUCUGAUAUUGAACGAUGGCCUAUUGAUCUGCUGCCGGCUCCAGCCGAUGCGUCUGUUUCGGUGCGAGGUUUAAGCGGGGCUACUGUGGAAGAAGUGCUACCCCUCAUAGCAGAGGUGCUCCAGGAUUCUUCUUCUUCCCGCACACUCCAACAGUCAAUCACCAUUAUCUUUUGUGCCGGAGAAAAUGACAUUUCCCAAAGUAUCCUUUUGGCUGAUACUCUGAUAUCCUUUCGAAGGUUGCUCGAAAUGGUCUUUCCACCACUUACCUCCAACAGCACCAAGUCCGAUCCAACCAUAAAGAAGAAUCUGAUUGUCUUGGGUCCCAAGUUUGAACCAUGGUUGGAAUACGACGCUGGGUGCCGGAAACAGUACUUUAAAAUGUCACAUGCCAUGGAACGAGCUUGCAAGAAAAAGGUGGAACUGGCAGAUCAAAACAAAAACACGAUAAUUUAUGUGGAUUGCCUCACCAUGUUUUGUGGUGAGUCGGGCAAAGUUCCGGGGGCGGUCUUGGGAGGGAAAGCCAUGCCCGACAAGAAGUUGUUCGAUUAUGACCAAUUGCAUCUGUCGCGAGAAGGUUACAAAAUCUGGAAACUCGUUGUAGAGGAGCACUUGACAAAGCUUCUGCAGGGAAAGGUCCUCAGCGAAGAAGAAGGGUGA